GCCCGAUGGUGCGGGAGGUCAUCACGGUGCAGGUCGGGCAGUGCGGCAACCAGAUCGGCUCCCGCUUCUGGGACCUCGCGCUGCGCGAGCACGCCGCGUGGUCGAGCGGCAUCGCGGCGUACGACGAGCCGAUGUCCACCUUCUUCAGGCACGUCGACGCGAGGAGCGGAGCACCCCUUGCGCUCGGCGACGGCACUGUGCCGAUCUCGAGCCUGCGCGCGCGCGCCGUCAUGGUCGAUACCGAGGAGGGCGUCGUCUCGCAGGUCCUCCGCUCGCCACUCGCAGAGCUCUUUGACCGCUCGCAGGUCCUCGCCGACGUCUCUGGAGCGGGCAACAACUGGGCGCACGGGCACGAGCAUUACGGUCCGCUGCACCGCGACGGGCUGCUCGAGCGCGUCCGCCGCGCCGCGUCGCACUGCGACUCCCUCCAGGCCUUCUCCCUGCUCCACUCCAUGGGCGGAGGCACAGGCUCGGGGCUGGGCUCGUACGUGCUGGAGGCGCUCGCCGACGAGUACCCGAGGACCAUCCGCUUCGCGACCGCGGUCUUCCCCUCGGAGAGCGACGACGUCGUCACGUCGCCGUACAACACUGUGCUCGCCGCCGCCGAGCUGGCCGAGCACGCCACGGUGGCGAUGCCGCUGCAGAACGCUGCCCUCGCAGCCAUGGUGGACCAUGCGGAAGGCGGCGCCACGCCGCAUGCGGCUUCCGGCGGCGACGGGCGCGGCGGCGGCAGCGGCGGCAGAGGAGGCGGCGGCGGCGGCGGCGGCGGCGGAGGCGGCGGCGGAGGGUCGCGGCGAGAGUCGCUGGCGAGCAACGGGCCUGCGUCGCGCGCGCGCGCCUUUGACGGCAUGAACAACCUCGUGGCGCACAUGCUGACCUCGCUCACCGCCUCG